AUGUUCGCCGUAAGAUGUCCUGCGUCCAUGGUGUGGCACCCUUCUGUGCACCAUAGUCUUUUGCUGCUCCGCGCUCUUGAGCAGCCGCAUACGCUUCUCCUCGAUCCACACACCACCUUGAGGGGUCGUCUUUCCGUUCCUCUUCUCUCAGAAUGUGCAAGAGAGGUGCGCAUUCAGACUCCGCCCGUCCAUCACGAGCUCGACUCUCCUGCUCGUGCCUCCACGGAACGUAGCGUGCUGUUGUACAGAGCAGAGGAUUUGCUUCACAUGGUGAACCGACCGGUUGGUGCUGGGCGCGACCUUGGCACACCCUGUGCAAUGCAGUCUGGGGUGUUUGGCUCGCUGCUCGAAUAUCUGGAGGCGUCGACGGUGAGCAGCCACGUGAUAUCGGCCACCGAUGCUCUUCUGGUGUCUUUGAACACGGGCGACAUGGAGACGAUGCGCCAGACUCACGCGUGCCUGGUGGAGCUGAUUGAGAGACUGGAGGCCUCUAUCACUGAUGAGAGCCUUAGCGAAGGACAUCAGACGGGCCAGAAGGAGCCACUCAGCACAUGGCCGCUCUUCUGCACGCUUCAGUUUCUCAUUGAGGAAGGCGGUAUGCUGACCUCGGCUUUUCCCCGUACAAACAAAGCGUAUACACGACUCUGUCAUUCCAGUAAGGCUGUAGCGCAGCACCGAAGGCUUGUGCAGCGGACCGUGGAGCAGUUGCUCGACGUCGGGAGCAGCUCUGAUACCGACGUCAGUCAGGGAGCGCGAGUGGAGGUGAACUAUCCGGCGAAGGGCUUCUUGCGUGACGUCCAACGACACCUGGCUUCGUACAAUCGGAGCAUGGAGGAGCGUACCACGGAUGGGGUGUCGGGUGAGAAAGGUCCGCUGAACAGCCGUGCAAGCGGGGGGAGGCUCGGUAUUCAGGCGGUCCAGGCUCGCCUACCUUGGACCCUCCAAGCGCGGCCACUACGCAAGGGAUAG